CCUCACCUCACUCACCCCACACGCACGGCGCACACACACACAACUCACCCACACUCACAGUAAAGAACAGAAAGAAGAAAAAGAAAGAAAAGGAGUCAGGGUUGCGAGAGAAGAGGGUGGACCCAAGAGAGGGAGAGCGCCGGGAAAGAGAGGGCCGCACUGCUGUCGCCGCCAGAACCGCGAGGAGAGGGAGUGGCGCCGUCGCGCCGCUGCCACGGUGCUGUCGUGGUCGCCGAGAAGAGAAGAGAGGGAGAAGAGGAAGGAGAGCCAGUAGCCAGGGGGAGGAGCCUCGUGCGUCACCGUCAUCGUUGCUCGCCGUCACCCUCACCGCGUAUCGCUGGGGCUGAGUUGUGGUUCUUGCAUGCUGAGUGCAGUAACCGUGCAUGCGACAUCAAGUUACUGCGUCGUCAACGGAGUCGCCGCCGUUCCGUUUUCCCGGAUACUCGUUGAGUUCAGUUCUUACGUGCCGUGGUUAAAGUUGCUGUGUUUGCUGUGAAAGAGAUUAGGGCUAAGGCCUAAGUUGCCGUUGAUUUCGGGCUGAGCAAAAAGAGUAGAGCUGACACGUGUGGGUUAUGGUUUUGCAUAUCGAGGAUUAUUAGUAUCAAUGGAGAACCAUCAAUGGUAUACUAACAAGGCUGAAGUCAAAAUAGUAGAAGAGGGUCGCAUUAUUAUUUCAGAUGCAAUAUUGGGCAAUACUGGAAGAAAGGUUAAAAUUUUAGAAGUAUCAAAUAAUCACGUAGAAGAAGUUCAGAGACAGAAACAAUGUUUUGAGACUUCUUUGAAUCUCUCAUCCGAACUUUUCUUACAAGGGCUUGUUUAUUUUCUCGAGGGGGAGACAUGAGUUUUUAUUUACCAGCAUUAUGACAAGGACUUAGCAAGUGUCUGGGCCGAUGAUUGGAGCACAUUCAAGCUUUAUUUAAAGCAAUUUUUACGAGCUCUGGCAAGAUUAUAUGAAGAGGAGAAUAUGUAUCAUGGGCACUUAAGACAUUACAACUUGGUAAUAAGUGGGGAUAGAGCACUUGUUAGUGGAGUUGAGGGAAAUCUUCUUCCCGAUGGUUUCGAAGAUGAAAUUUUUACGGAUGAGACGAAGGAACUAGGUAGAGUUUUAUUACCUUCACAGAAUCUCGGUAAAUCUCCAAUGGAAAUCGAUCUGUUUAUACGUUUUAUACUACCAUGGUGUGAAUCAUGGAAUAUGAUUUUUUGUCAUCCGAUUUUCUUAGAUUUUCAACAUAAACUAUAUUAUUUUCUUAUUGCCAACCAAUAUUUAAACGAGCAUUUGAAAGGUUCUACCCUCGCUAAAGACAUGUCAAGAAAAAUUGAAAGGCAUCUUCUAACCUAUGGGAUACAUCAGUUAAAUUGGCACGAUGGAGUGAACCUCGUGAACGAUCCGGUGAUGAUGCAAAGUUUGAACAGUAGAAAUUAUGGUACUGUUCCUCAUGAGUUUCUUCGAUUUGUAAGGAACUGUAUAGCUCACCUUAACAUGGAGGCCAAUGUUGAGAUGUGUCAACAAGCUGAAAUUUUGGCGAGAAAGAUUGAAGAGUCCUACCCUGGUUUUCUAUUUGCAUUACAUGGUGCAUUUAUGGAAGAUGGAACUUAUAUAUUUGAUAUGCCCUAAUGGCUUAUCUAAAGCUUUCCAAGCUGCCUCUGCGUGCACUAAUUCAGCUAUUAUCUCGAACUUGGUGUGAUGAUGUUCUUUAAGCAUAAACAACUGUUCUCCUAGAUAUUGGCAUCUUAAUUCAUGUUACCAUUUGAUAUUGAAAUAAUGUGAUGGUUUAUGUAUUGUCUUGUCUCACAAAUUAACAUCAGCAGUAAUAACAGAGUAAUUUUUGUUGCAGACAAAAACUGCAAAAUCCACUGUUGGGUUGUCCUAGUUGCGGGACAUCUUAAUUAUAACAUCAUUAAUCUUCCUUCAA